AUGAAUUUACAGAUGGAGCUUGCUUUGGACAAGGAUAUGCGCAGGAUGGGCCGCUACGAGGCUGACGUGCCAUACCGUCGUUUCAACACCUCGUUGAAGGACUGCAACCCUGAUGUUUUUAUCGCGGCCUUCGCUCAGCAGAUGGAGCUGAAGAACUACAUUGACCCUCCUAAGUGGAUCGACUAUGCUAAGACGAGUUCGGCUAAGGAGCUUGCGCCUCAGAACCCCAAGUGGUUUUACAUUCGCAGUGCGGCCAUUUUGCGUCAUUUGUACUUCAACCCAGAUGAGGGCAUUGGCCGUCUGAAGCGCGUGUACGCCUCUCGCAAAAGGCGUGGAUGCGCCCCGAACCACACCUGCCCUGCUUCUGGCAAGAUCAUCAGAACUAUCGUGCAGCAGUUGGAGGCUAAUGGGUUUUUGGAGAAAAGCAAGGACAACAAAGGACGCCGCCUGUCGCGCCGUGGUUGCAACAUCGUGAACGAGUUCGCACGCCACUUGACUCGCAGCCUAUUGGAGAAAGGAGCUGCAGAGUAA